CAAAGCUAGAGAGAGAGAGAGAGAGAGAGAGAGUCGGAGAGAGAUGAGGCACACGGGCAGUACUUCCAUGGCCAACACCAGAUUCUUGAGAUGGGACUCUCCGGUUCCAUACCUCUUUGGAGGCCUAGCCGUCUUGGUAGGAGUAAUAGUGGUGGCCUUGCUCAUCCUUGUUUGCUCUCAUCGUAGAUCUUCGUCCAGUGGAAAUAAGGAAGAAAAGCCCAUGGAAGUUGUGAACACUGAAGCCAACGUUGAUCUGAAAAUCGUAGUGAUCAUGCCUGGAGAUGACCACCCCGCGUAUGUUGCAAAGCCUGCGCCUGUAGCCAUGCCCAGCUAGUUUUGUUUUGUGAAUCCUAUAUAUAUAUCAUACAUAUACAUGUUAAUAUGAA